GUCGGCAGCGCAUGCUCCACUCAUUCCACAUCUUCAACCGCAAGGGCGACUUGCUCUUCUACAAGGAGUGGGCGCGAGCGCCGCGCUCGGCCAAGGCGAUGGCGGACGAUCACAAGCUCAUGUUUGGCUUCCUCUUCUCGCUCAAGCAGCUCGUCAACAAGAUGGCGCCGCGCGGCUCGGGCGGAGGGCUCCACGCCUGCUCCACCUCGACCUACAAGCUGCACUACUUUGAGACCGCCUCAGGCCUCCGCUUCGUCCUCUGCACCGGACUCGCCGCCGGCGACUUGCGCGAGACGCUGCGGCGGCUGUAUGCCGACAUCUACGUCGAGACGCUCACGAAGAAUCCGCUCCACCGACUCGACGAGCCAAUCACCUGCAAGAGCUUCGAGCAGGCCGUCGACGCAUUCUUCGCUAGCCUACAGCAGGGGCAGGGCUGACAGCCCCCGCUGCCCAAAUAUUUUACUAAUACUAUCGCGGGGAGAAGAGGGGGGCCGAAAAGGGUAAAGGAAGUCUAUAGAGUCUUACGUAAUUCGUGUUGUUUGU